AAUACUUAUACACAUACACACAUUCUUCUUCCUUUUUUUUUUUUUCCCCUUUUUCCUCUCUCUUUUUUCUCUUUGUUGUGAUGCAACAGUUGGUUGCUUAACAACUAUGGUGGACACUAAGGAUUUGAUCAACCUUGAAACUUCUCUUUCUAACCCAUUUGGGAAUUUUGGUGAUGAUUUUUCAGCUCAAAAUGUUGUCAGCAUUGAUAAGAAGCUGCUUAUUGAUUUGCACCAGCUUUCUCUUGGUCCUGUGCUAAGUGAAGGUCCUUAUUCUGUCGUCUAUGAAGGAUUAUAUAAAUCCGUUCCUGUUGCAAUAAAAAUAAUACAGCCAGACAUGUCAGCAAAUGUGAGUCCCGAGAGAAAACAGAAAUUCCAGAGGGAGGUCACUUUACUUGCUAAAGUGAAGCAUGACAAUAUUGUGAAGUUUAUUGGUGCCUGCAUGGAACCAUCAUUGAUUUUAGUUACAGAGCUAAUGAGAGGCGGCACGCUUCAGAAGUACUUAUGGAACACCCGACCACAUUGUCCAGAUCUGAAAUUUUCUCUAAGUUUUGCGUUGGGAAUUUCUCGAGCGAUGGAGUAUUUGCAUGCAAAUGGCAUUAUUCACCGUGACUUGAAGCCAAGUAACUUGCUCCUCACAGAAGACAAGACAAUAAUUAAACUAGCUGACUUUGGGUUAGCUAGGGAGGAGGCAGAGGCUGAAAUGACGACAGAGGCUGGUACAUACCGCUGGAUGGCUCCAGAGAUGUUCAGCAUCGAACCAAUUAAAAUUGGAGUGAAGAAACACUACAAUCAUAAAGUGGAUGUCUACAGUUUCUCAAUGAUCCUGUGGGAGCUGCUUACCAACAGCACACCAUUUAAGGGAAGAAGCAACAUUGUGGUGGCAUAUGCUACAGCUACGAAAAUGCGUCCUAGCACGGAAACCAUCCCCAGUGACAUAGAACCCCUUCUUAGCUCUUGCUGGGCAGAGGAUCCAGCAGAGCGACCAGAAUUUGAGCAAAUAUCGGAUUUCCUUGAGAACAUUCUUCGCAAUGUGUGUGCUUCAUCAACUUCUUCUCCAAAUAUAUUUGAGCCGGAGCAUUCGACAAGCAAAGAGUUGACCAAUUCUCCUGCCAUGAAUUGUUUGAUGGACCAGCAUAUAGAAAAUAGCAAGAAGAAAAACAGGACUUCAUGUUGUUGCUUCAGGAGUGCCUGUGACAAUUCUCUCUAGAGAUCAUUAUCUUUAGUAGUAUAUAUUGUAGGUGUGUAAAUAAUUGGAGGACUUACCGUCUUUUUCGCAAGUUUUAUGAUAUAAAUAGAAUGGCCUUCAAAGCUCCAUGCUUCUCCAAAUCAUUGUACAGAAAGCAAUACAACAGAAAACAAUAGUAUCAACUCACCAAUCCA